AUGAGAGGAUUAUUUAUUAAAGGCGAGCGUAGCGUUGAGAUUAAAGACGUCGAUCGACCAGCACUUGAUGGACACAACGAUAUUCUCGUCGAGGUUCACGCGGUUGCACAGAACCCACCCGACAGUUUCUCACUCCUCGGUAGUCCCGGUAAACCUGGCAAUCGCCUGGGAAGUGACUAUGCGGGUGUUGUCGUUGAAUCAAAAUCAGACUGUGUUAAAAUCGGUGACAGAGUCUGUGGUAUGGUAUCUGGCAACCACUCACCCCACCAAGGCUCAUUUGCUGAAUAUUUAGCUACUUCCGCAGAUCUCACUAUCAAGAUACCAUCAGCGAUGUCAUUUCAAUGCGCCUCUACACUCGGCAUGUCCCUCUUCACUGCCAUUCAAGCGCUCUUUCUCAAAUCACCACUUGCUCUCGACCCCAACCACACCAAGGCAGUCCUCAUCUGGGGCGCUAGCACUGCUAUUGGCAUGUACGCGGUGCAACUCGCUCACAUCAGCGGUAUAAAGAUAGUGGCUACCACGAGUGAGAGGAAUAAAGAUCUAAUUUCCUCCCUUGGUGCCCACAUCGUUUUUGAUUACAAAGAUGCAGACGUGGUUGAGAAGGUGAGGGAAUCUACAAACGACAAUGUCACCUUCGCAAUUGAUUGCGUCGGCUCGCCAGAAACUCUCAAAAGUACAGUCGCAUGUGCAUCUGAUGCGCAGUCAGCUACCGUGCACACUGUCCUGCCUCCCGCGAAAGAUUUCAAAGCUAAGGCAAGUUCGAACGUCGUCUUCUCGCUCGUACACUCCGGCUUCGCUGAGGACCUCUCUUGGGCUAACUACCUUUUUCCCCGCCCCGUUACGAUGGAGGAGAUGAUGCAGGAGCGCAAGGAGGCUGUCGCGUUCUUCGGUUACGACAGAGGCACAAUCCCCGGUCUUUUAAGAGAUGAAAUUCUCAAAACUACACCUAUCGUCGCGACCAGCAAAGGGCUGGAAAAUAUCUUACCUUGGCUGCUCAAGAUGGAAAAGGGUGAAAUCAGAGCUGGUAAAGUUGUACAUCUUUUGAAGGAAUAA